UAAUUAUUGAUGCGAUGUACAAGAGUAAUGAGUAUCGGAUUCUACUCUUGGAAGUUGUGGGUAUCACAUCCACAAUGAAAACUUAUUCUCUUAUGUUUGCAUAUUUGAAUAAUGAGACGGAAGAGCGACUGAUAUGGGCAUUGGAUACUUUAAAGAGAUGGAUGGUUGAAAAAGGGGCAGCGUUGCCAUCGGUGAUUGUUUCAGAUAGGGAUCUGACACUUCUUGGCGCCAUUGGAAUAUGUUUUCCCUUCGCGCAACACAUCCUUUGUAUUUGGCACAUAAACCAAUGUGUGAUGAAGAAGUGCAACUCUAUGCUUGGUACGAGGUGGGACGAGUUUUCCGAAGCAUGACAGUUGCUUAUUCAUUCAUCGACACCGAUGUCUUUGCAACAAAGAUGGAAUGUCAUGUGCGGAGAGUUUGAGCAAUACUCUGAUGCCAUACAAUACCUUUGGGAUACAUGGUUAGGUCCUUACAAAGAGCGAUUUGUUGCAGCAUAUAUAAACCAGUUUAUGCACCUCGGGAGCAAUUCAAGCCAAAGGGCGGAGUUUGCACAUGCGAGGCUCAAACGAUACUUGGGAGAUACCAUGUCCUUGCUUCAAACAUCUUUUCAGAAAAUAGAAAAGAUGUUGACCAGUCAGUUCGGGGAUAUUCAGGAGUCGUUCCAGAAAUCUCUCAACAUUCCACGACACAUACAUCUACAUGAAGGCAUUUAUAGUGAAAUCAGAGGUUGCAUUUCAUUAUAGGCAAUGAACUUGAUCCAUAAUCAGGCACAACGCACUGAUAACGAAGCUGGCCUUUGCUUUUGUAAGAUCAAAAGGACACACGGAUUGCCAUGCUUUCACAAUAUUGCACUUUACCAUUCUGUGGAUAGACCAAUUCCGCUAAGCUCUAUCCACCCUCACUGGAGUAAGUUGUCCAUGCACGCCCAGAGGCAUAUUGACGAGGGAGCACGAUCCGACAGGACGGCUCAGCUUAUUGAAAGAUUAAAUGAAAUGGAUUCCGACAGUCGAGAGUCUAUGAUGGACAGGUUUCUCGAUAUGGCGGAUCCAUCUCGUUGCACAGUUCGACCCCCAGCAUAUAACACAGAACACAGGGGUCGACCUACAGGCAGAGAUAAGCAGAAUACACAUACCUUCUUUCACAGUAUCCAUUUCAGAAUCUCGGGCCUCACGUAUUCCAACAUCGCGAAGGAGCAAUGAGAGGGAUCACCUCGUUGAGAAAUUUCCUCAGCAGUAUCAGCGUUAUAUUUCCCACUGUGUUGACGUUCGACCCGACGGUCAUUGUGGCUUCAGGGCGUUAGCUGCACAACUUUAUGGUUCUGAAGAUCAAUGGGCUCAAGUACGACAUGACCUUAUCUAAGAGAUUGAACAAAAUCGGGUCCUGUACGAUCAGCUUUAUCUAGAACAUAAUUAUGUAUCCCAUGUGCUACGAAGACUUCAUUGCUUCCGGCCAUCGGCACCAGAGGAUCAUUGGAUGGAUUCUAUAUCAUUGGGUCUUGUCAUAGCAUCAACGUACAACGUUGUACUGCAUACAUUCGAUAUGAUUACUUCGAGUUGUUUCACUCACUUGCCGUUGAGCUCCCAUCCAGUUCCAUUCGCAACGCGCACACAUAUAGCUAUUGGUCGUAUUAAUGACAAUCACUUCGUGCAAGUUUUCUUAUACCGUCAUUAUCCUGUACCACUCAUCAUAUGGUGGAGGCUAAAUGCAUCAAAUGAAGCACACGGAUGGGCUCAUCCUUAUGAAGCACGCCUCCAAUUGUGGUACGAAGUAAUGCAGAUAGAUCCGCCGGGACGACGACCACAAUUUGGCGGAAAUAUUGACUAAAUUUGUGUAUUUAUUUAUGUUCAUGUAUUGAUUCUAUAUACUCAAUUGUAAUUAACUAAAGUUUGAUUUCGGUUUGCAUUAUUGUCUGUUUAGAAAAAUAUAAAGUAAA